UUUUUUGUUGAUUUUGUAUUAUUUUUAUUAAAAACAGUAAAAAAAAAAGUAAAUAAUGGUACAUAAGUAAUUAUUUCAACCAAAAAAAAAAUUAUAUUUAUUUUAGAAAUUAUAGUCCUAUUGCUAUUUUUUUUUUUUUUGAAGGAAGUCCUCUUGCUAUUUAUUAAUAGAGUUUUCUCUCUCCCGCACAGACUGACAAAACAAACCAUAUAUAUCAGUGUAGAGAUUUAUCGAUCAUAAACUAAUCAACGGAUAACAAUGGCCGACUCUGUAGACACUUUGCAGUUCCUCAAACUCGUUCCCAGCCCAGACGGCACUCUUACUCGCCCCGCUAUCUUCCCCAACGUCCCUGCAUCAGAUGAGCCACACGAUACAGCCGUCAUCUCCAAAGAUUUCCCUCUCAAUUCCGCCACCGGAACCUUCCUCCGAGCUUUCAAGCCCAACCCCCUUCCGACGAGUCCCAAUCUUCCCGUCAUCCUCUACUUCCACGGCGGCGGCUUCAUCGCCUUCAGCGCCACAUCGCUCCCAUACCACAAAUCAUGCGCCGACUCAGCGGUCCAGCUUCGCGCGCUUGUCCUAUCACUCGAGUACCGUCUCGCUCCCGAACACCGUCUCCCAGCCGCCUACGACGACGCCGUAGAAGCUCUCCGCUGGAUAGCCGCCGUAGCGGGCGGCGUCUCAGCCGAGCCGUGGCUUAGCGAGUGUGCCGAUUUCACCAAGUGUUUUGUGAUGGGAAGUAGCGCUGGGGGGAAUAUGGUGUACCACGCGGGUUUACGUGCGCUCGAUCUGGAUCUGUCACCUAUGGUGAUCCGAGGGCUGUGGUUUAACCAACCUUUCUUCGGUGGGGUCCACAGGACGGAAUCAGAGUUGUGUCACCUCAGCGAUCAUAUAUUGCCUUUGGCAGCCACCGACUUGAUGUGGAACUUGGCUUUGCCCGAAGGCGCUGACCGUAAUCAUGAGUAUUCUAAUCCAACGGUCGCCAAUUGUGGUGUUGGUGAUGAGAGGAUCAAACGGUUGCCGAGGAGUCUGGUAACUGGAUACGGUGGGGAUCCACUCGUUGAUAGGCAGAAGGAGUUUGUGAAGUUACUCAAAAAGCGAGGGGUCCACGUAGAGACCCACUUCGAAGAUGGUGGAUUCCACGCUGCUGAGCUCUUUGAAUCUGCCGAAGCUGAGAAGUUAAACGACGUCGUUAGCCGUUUCAUUCGAAAGUCAUGCCUCGUGAAUCCAUGAUGAUGCCCUCAUUUUCCCAAUUAUAUCAAGUUUUAUUUUUGAUCUUUCUCUUAUGAAUAUGAGACAAAUGAAAAAUUAUAUAUGAAUCUAUUAAAUAAGAAUAUCAAGUUUUAUACUUUUUGUUCUGAA